AUCGUAUCGCUAUCGCGACUGAACGAGGUUGCUUUGACAUCGGUCGGGUCGCUUUUCCGUCUGCCUGGUUAUCGCGAUUCUUGUUUUUUUUUUUUUUUUUUUUUUUCCUUCCUUCUCUCUUUUGUCGGUCGACGACAUAGCUCCCUCCACAUUCUGUUCGUGGUGGUGAUUAUUAGGACGUUCUGGUCAUCACCACCGAUCGUUUUGUGGGCUGCUGCUGCCACGCUGUGUUCGAUUGCCACGUGUCAAGAUGUCGUCUUCGAAGAAGGAAGCGAUGCAGGAAGCCGCCGCCAAAGCGGCGCAGAAGCUGAAGGCGGCGGCUAUGGCCACGAAGGCGGUGAGGCCACCAACUCAUCAGCAGCGGAUCGCCGCCGCCCAGGCGCGUAAUGUGAACGCCUAUGGGCAGAAGGAAGAGGGUCCGAGUCGGUGGCAAGAGAGGAAGGAAGCGAAGCGCCAGAUGUACCUGAUGAGUACGGAGCGCGCGGUAAAACUGGGGGUGAGGAAGAUGGACACAAAGGUAUCUGGCGAUGGCACCCAACAAUGCCAGAAGUGUUUCAAGAUCGGACACUGGACGUACGAGUGCACUAAUCCACGUGUCUACAUCUCACGGCCUUCAAGGACGAUGCAGCUGAAGAAUGCAAAGCUGCGACCGGUCCUCGUUGAGCCUAUGGAGGAAGCAGAGGGAAGGAAGUCGGACGCUUCCGCCGCCGCCGCUGCUGCUGCUGGCGCUGGAUCUGGGGAUAGGCGAAUGACAAGUAGGGAUGAUGACAGUGAUGAUGAUGAUAAUGAUUCUGGUAGUGGUGAGGAAAUGGAGACUAGGAGAGAUCGAAAGAGGAAGAAGAGGAGGAAGGAGAAGAAGGAAAGGAAGCUAGGGUUGAAAAAAAAAGGCGGGAAAAGUGAUCGGAAAAGGCGGGAAAAGAAGGAUUCGAAGAAGGAGAAGAAGAAGAAGAAGAAGAAGAAGAAGAAGAGGCGUGGAAGGGGGAGUGAUUCAGACGACAGCGAUUUGUCUUUUUCUGCCUCCAGCGACAGCUUCUCUUCAUCGAGUCUAUCUACAAGCGAGGCGACUUCCUCUUCCUUCAGCGAUGAUGAUGAUUCAACUGCCGGUAGUUUUACGUCUGAGAGUGAUUCCAGCAGCAGUGGUCGUUCUCGCGGUCGUCGUCGUCCUCGUCGUGGUAAGAAAAGGAGCAGCAGCAGCAGCAGCAGCCUCAGCAGCUCCAGUGAUGACGAUGACGAUGAUGAUGACGAUAACUCGAGUAGAAGUCGACAAUUGCGUAGGCGUAGGACGAGGGGAUCACGCAAACGGGAGAGAGGUAUCAGUAGUAGUCGGAAGAAGAAGGAACGUAGUACUACUAGUAGUCGACGGGGUAAAGAUGACGAUGACAGCUAUAAGAGGAAAACUAGGGGGAGAAAGAGAGCUAGGAGAAGUAGGGAUUCUUCCUCUUAUAGCAGUAGCGAGGAUCUUAGUGCAGAUAGCCGCGAAGAUAGAGAUAGAGAUAGAGAUAAUAGUGAUACUCUCUCGGGUUCUGAAUCGGAAGCGACUACGACGACGAGUGAGGAGAGGAGGAGAAAAGGGUCCAGAAAGCCGGGCAGAUACGAUGGACGAAGAAGAUCAAGGAGUCGGAGUUCGUCUCGCAAGAAGAAGCAGCGGAAGAGUGAUGAUGGUGACGAUGGACAGAAGGGAAGGAGUGGAAGGGGAAGGCUCGGUGGUCCACCUGGUGGCAGUGAGAGGCAAUCGGACGGAGGAAAUGUGGAGGAAUGUGAGAGGAGAGGGGGGGGUAAUCGAAGAGCAGGAAGCAGAGAGAGAGUGGGGAAGGUUAGCAGCCAUGGUGGAGUCACAAAGAGGGAGGCAGAGGAGAGAGAGAAGGAGAAAGAGAGAGAGAAGGGGAAAGAGAGAGAGAAGGGGAGUGUCGGUGGGGAAGGUGGUAGAGAUACGGUGAGGGAGGGGAAACGCAUCACUUCGGGGUCUUUCUCGAGCGAUGAGGAUGAUGAGGAGGAGGAUGACGAUGGAGAUGGCGACGAUGAUAAGGAGCGCGAGCAGGGGAAGGAGAAAAAGAAUGGAAGCGGCGGGAGUGAGAGCGAGAGCGGAAGUGGGAGCGAGGACGAUAGCAAGCAGUCCCAGUCGCCCAGAGGGUUUGUGACCAGGGUUAUAAACGUUUUUAGGUUCUCUCGCCUGCCGGCUCUAAGCGGCGCUUCGCCUACCCUUGAUCAGCAUCAUUGUGCAUGCCAGUUCAACCUGGGUAUUGGACCUGAUUUAUGCCCUCCAAGCAAUGCAUCUGCAGGGGCUUGUCGGUGGCCUCCGUUUCGCAUCGGGUCGGAACAGUUUAGAAGUCGACGGCGUACUCCUUUCAGACCAUGGCGCGCUGCCAUGGUUGAGAAAUCCUCCGCAUCUGGCCGUGCAUCCUGGUUAGGUGACAGCACUGCAGCUAGUGAAGUAGCGACUGACUUUAUCGAGGAUGACGACGACAGUGAUGAUGGUCAUGGUGAUGAUGAUGAUGAUGAUGAGGAGGAGGAGGAGGAGGAGGAGGAGGAGGAGGAUGUAGAGGUGCUGGUAAAAAUAAAAAACCAACAAUCAGUCAAAAGAUGGAAAGGUUACAGAGCGAUGACCAUGUCUUCAUGGCUACAACUUGCUGCAGCGGCAAAUGAGGACGGAGAGGGGCAAAAAAGGACUCAGGAGGGGCGUCCAACAAAGGGCGACGAGAUUGAAAGUAGCGUGAUAUAUGGUGACCAUGACAUUGAAUCCAGGAGCGUGGUAAAUGGCACAACGAGACAGCGCUCAGCAAAACGAACAGCUCUUUAUGCCGCACAGAAAUCAUACAAGGACAGGUUUACUUCCGCUUUGAGAUACGAAUUGGAGGAGGAGAUGGCUUCUCUUCAGCAACGCCUUCAAGUCUGGUCGACUAAGAAGCUACAGGCUGAGGGAUAUGCUCUCUGCAACCUGAACGUCAAGCACGAUGGUUACCUGUAUCGAAAUCGCAUUCUUCGAUUCACCAGCCCAGUGGGUUCUGGCCUCCUUCCCGACAAUCACCAGUUUACCCCUGGUGACACGGUCCUGAUAAGCCGUAGCGGCUCACGGCCUCGUGCUGAGCAUGCCGAGGGAGGCAUCUGCGAAGGGUUUGUUGUGGAGAGGGCGAGGAGGUUUCUACGUGUGGCGCUGGCCUCGUCUGCACUGAAUCAGGGACAGUUUCAAGUCAUCAAGGACAACGAACAUGAUCGUUGGAGGCUCGAUCUGUCAGCCAAUCGGAUUGUGUUUGAGCGCGCUAUGAUCGCAGUGGACUGGAUGGCAAGGACGACAGAUGCCGAUUUACGUUCUGACGCACAACAGAUCCGUACCAAAACCGAUCCAAAAGAGGCGAGGAUUGGAAGUGCCCUCAGUCGACAUAAAAGUGGGCAGGGAAAGAACAGUAAUAGAGUUGUAGAGAAAGUCAGCAGAGGAGCAACUGCACUGUCUGCACAUGGAGACCUUCAUGGCCACCAUGGAGCAAGUGCCGGCCGUGGCAACAAGAAAGUUUAUAGAGAAGAAACUGACUUCUGCAUAGGCGAGGGGUUUAUGGCCAUACAGGGGUUGUUGAUGGGGCUGGAAUCGGGUGUUGUUCAAGCGGCAGUGGACAGAGUGGAGGACAAGGGGAUGACAGGUGAAUUCAAGGGAGGAGCGUCUCGGAUUCAAAAGGGGUCAAAAUGGUGGGAGCUGGUCAGUGCAGCUUCCACCCCGCCUCCAUGGGCGACUGGAAAGCAGGCAGGUGAGUUCAGAGGCGCAGUCCGUAGAAUUUUAGAUGAGAUGCAACGGCAGCAUAAAGUUAACGACAGUCAGAGAGCGGCUAUCGAGUCUGCGAUGUGCCGGCGUUUGACGCUUUGGCAAGGACCUCCAGGCACUGGAAAGACAAGAACGCUGCUGCAGUACAUCGCCGUGUGUAAGGCGGCGGUGGCGUGCCAGGUUCUGGCAUGUGCGGACAGCAAUGUCGCUGUGGACAAUCUUGUGGAAGGACUGGUGGAAAUGGGCCUUUGUGUCGUGCGACUGGGACAGCCAUUCAGAGUGAAGCAGUCGCUGCAAGAGGUGACGCUUGAGGCGCGCCUAGCUAAACAUCCAGAAAUGCAAGCAGCAACGAAGAUGAAGGAGAGGGCCAUUCGACAGAGGCAGCAAGCUAGGAAGUUGGGAAAGGGUAAGGGCCGGGUCGACGCAGCUCGUGCAGCAGCCCGCACAUGGGCGGAUGCCGAAGCUGCAGAAACAGCAGCAAUUAACUCCAUUUUGGAUAGUGCUGAUGUGGUGGCUUCUACUUGUGCCACUGCCGGUGAUCAUUAUCUUCAUCAGCGGCGUUUCAAGGUCCUUGUUCUGGAUGAGGCCACACAGGCUACAGAGCCAGUCUCCAUCAUUUCUCUGCUGCGGGGUGCCCAUAGCGUCGUCCUUGUCGGAGAUACGGCACAGCUUCCCCCUACGGUCAUUUCGCACGAGGCUGUCCUCCAGGGUUUGGACAUCAGCCUGUGUGAGCGGCUCCAGCAGUGCGGUAUCGAGCCCGCCUUUCUAAACUUGCAGUACCGAAUGCACCCCAAGAUCGCCGAGUUCCCUUCGCGAGUUUUUUACAGCGGCCGGCUUACCUCACAACCUCGCCCAUCAGAUCGCCCGGUACCGAAAGGAUUUCCUUGGCCAGUCCCGCAGCACCCGAUCGCCUUCAUCGAUUGCUUGGAUGCAGUUGAGGAAUCAGGUGGGGGAGCUGAUGAAGGGGAAAGGACGUCGUGGAUGAAUCAAGCAGAGGCGCAAGCCGUUGUUAAGAUAGUGAGUGAUCUCUUGGCCGGUGGAGAUGUCGGUGAUGCCGAUGCGAUCGGAAUAAUCACCCCGUAUUCUGCACAGGUGAAACUCCUCCAGGACUUGUUAGGAGUGUUUGGCAGAGAAGGUAGCCCAAAAUUUGGGCGCCGGGUAAGUAAUGAUGCUAAGCUGGAGGACAUAGAGGUACGGACUGUUGACGGCUUCCAGGGUCGGGAGAAGGAGGUGAUCAUCGUUUCGACUGUCCGGUCUAAUGACCGCGGAAGGCUAGGAUUCGUCGCAGAUCCGCGUCGCAUGAAUGUCGCUCUCACGCGGGCCCGCAGGGGACUCAUUGUUGUGGGGUCAGGGUCCACCCUCAGCAAGGGUAAUAGUCCUUGGAUGCUAUGGAUGGACUACGUCUGUAACAACGGGUAUGUUGUCGAUCGCUACUAAAAGUCGAGUUGAUUGGACAAACUGUCACAAUCAGCAAUCGCCAGCAACUCAAGGAGUCCACUAACUUACCGGGGAGCCGCUUGGGCAUUGCGAAACAAGAUCAUCACACAUUACUUGCUGGAGUUCCCUUCCCUUGUUUUCCCUUUUUUUUUAUCGGAGGUGAUUUUGUUGUGUGAUUAUUAGAUGCGGUUCUAAGUUCUAAGAGUGACAUUCACUCUACUUUACAUUGGAAUUGCAAUGUAUCAUUGAGAUAUUUAUCAGAUCCACAUCCAGGGAGGAAUGGAAGGCAUAUGUGACCACAGACAGUCACACGUCUGCACAAUGAGCGUGUUUUGUCAAAGGACACGGAUUAGUAAUUAAUAA